AUGCUACAUUUCAUAGCUAUCGAAGUUCUGUAUCUUCUCCAUUUCAUUGCAUUUUCUGUAAUUUUGCUUGUUGGAUGUGAGAAGAAGAAACCAUCAAAAGUUACGGAGAACUCUAGUGCCAAGAAGAAUCCAGUCCCACCAAAAACGGAUCAACCACCGUCUUCUCAUAUGUAUGUUGAUGUAACAUGUCAACCGAAAUCCGUGAUGAUGACUAAACAAAUGACAGUAAACAAUAGCAAAGUGAAAUCUAAAAGUGUUAAUUCUAAUGAGAAGCCUAUGAAAGAAUCUCCAACGAAGAAUCAAUCGAAAAAUAUGACGAAAGAAUUGGAAAAAUUGAGAGAUGAAGCAGUUAAAGAAGGGGAUAAAAAGGAGGAGGAAGAUUUCGGAUAUGAAAACUGUGCUGAUAUGACAGAAGAACAACUCAAGAAAGCAAAAGCAGUCCAAGCAAUGAGCAAAGUUCAAAAAGCAUCAAAAGGACAGACCACCAGACAUCCUUUGCCGCCAGCACACGGAAAAGUGCCCAUUGUUCAUAAAACAGCGAUUAAAAAAUGA